CAAAAUUAGCGCUGCCACUGCCUGACUUAGCGACAUCUGCACGCUGAAGAGAGCAAGUGAAAAGAAGCAUUACAAGAAGAUGUCAAAUCGGUCCACAGAAAAUUCCAAUAAACAACUUUUAAAUUUCCUUUGGAAUGGCUACACCACUGCUGCCGGCGCCGCAGCCACUGCGCAUAAAUGUCAGAAACAGCUGUUUGCAGAGACCAAAACAAAAGCAAACACUGAGCAAUUGCAGGCAAACAAAGCAUCGGAGAUUAGCGGCAUAAUGGGUAAUAAGCAAGUGCGACAACACUUAGAAACUGCGCAGAAAACUGGCAUACUGAAAAUUUCAUUACAACGUUUACAGGAAUUUCCACCGCAACUGAAAAACUAUCCAAAUGUCCUGAAAACUCUGGAUCUUUCCGAAAACCGUUUUGAACGCUUACCUGAUGAAAUCGGUCAUUUUACAUUGGUCAAACAUCUAAACUUGAGCGGUAACAAACUCAUCGAACUACCAGAUGUGUUGGGUGAACUAACAAAACUUGAAGUACUGCUUUUGAUGAACAAUUAUCUAUCGAAAAUACCAAAAACAUUAUCGAACUGCAAUAACUUGAAAACUGUGAAUCUGUCUAAUAAUCAAAUUAAAGAAUUUCCAACAAUGUUAUGUGGUCUGAAGCAUCUGGAUGUUUUGGAUCUGUCACGAAAUAAGAUUACUUCUGUGCCAGCAGAAGUGGGUACACUUUACACGACGGAGCUGAAUUUAAACCAAAAUCAAAUCUCUACACUUUCCGAAGAGAUUGCUGCUUGUCCCAAACUAAAAGUUUUACGACUAGAGGAGAAUUGUCUGCAAGCCCAAACAUUUACUCCGCGCAUAUUGAGAGAAUCUAAAAUUUGUAAUCUAUCUGUUGAUGGCAACCUGUUUAAUUCCAAACAAUUCACCGAUUUAGAUGGUUAUGAGGUUUAUAUGGAACGCUACACAGCGGUUAAGAAAAAAAUGUUCUAAAUAAUAAUUGCUAUGUUCAACAUUGAAAAAAGACGAAUCAAUAUAAAUGGCGUAUAGCAAAACAGCUGAAGGAAAAUUAUAGCAAAAAGGGCCACAAUAUACAAUAAGAUGAAGAUGACACGUAAUCAUCAGGGUAUUGCUACUACUAUUUUUCAAGACAGCUAGUUAAAUAUUAAGUGGCAAAAAAAAAAACACAUAGUUAAUUAAAACAAGAUAUAGCUAUAUUUAAUUGUAAUAUUAUUAACUAUUUAUGUACGUAUUUUUGCUCUACAUCAAUUUGUAUGCUAUUUAAACCACAAAAAGUUGAAUAGCUCGUAAUAAAUUUCUAUGUGUAAAACAUC